UUAAUUUUUAACUUUAACGGCAAAAAGAAAAGAACUAAAACUAUGAAAUUGAUUGCUACUAUGUAUAGUUUUUAUCCCCAUAUUAUCAAACAACAAGAUCUUAGGUCUUGUAAGCAAAGAGCCUGAGACAAACUACUUUCUGCACCAUUGUGUUUUGUACUCAGUUUCUUCUUGUCUUUUGGGGGUUCACUCUGAUAUAGAACAAUGUCAUCAACAAUAAGCGAAAGUAGGAGAGCCAGAGAGGCUUCAAGAAAUGGGAUUGUUCGCCGUAUGGUAAGCCUUCCUCGGAACUUACUAGGUGGACUUUCAAGAGCAAUGGGACAUGGUGUGGACCUUAUGGGACUAGGAGGAAGAAGAAAUCACUCUCUGCCAUCAAAUUUCCCACUCUCAUAUCCACAGGAAUCCUUUCUUCAUCCUCAAGAAUUGAGUUUCCUAGAAGUGUUCGAGCAGAAAUUUGGUCCCCAACAUCCAUUUUUCUGUGCUGUCAAUUUUAUGGAAGCCCUGAAGAUAGCAGAGAAUGAAAACAAAUUCUUGUUCAUGUACCUCCACUCCCCUGAACAUCCUUUCACACCCUCUUUCUGUAGGGAUACCCUCUGUUCAGACUUGGUAGUUCAGUAUCUUGCUGCAAACUUUGUUUCAUGGGGAGGAUUUGCAGAUAGAGAGGAGGGUUUGCAAAUGGCUGCAACUUUAAGGCCCGGUAGCUUCCCAUUCUGUGCUGUUAUAGCUCCUGCUCCUGGUGAUAACAUAGCAGUUCUACAACAGGUGGAAGGGCCUGUUUCACCAGCUGAGCUGGUGGAGAUUCUGCAAAGAACAGUGGAAGAACAAGGUUUGGCUUUUAGCAAUUUAAGAGCCAAACAGGCAGAAAAGAUAAGAGCAGAUAGACAGUUACGCGAGGAACAAGAUGCAGCCUAUUUUGCAGCUCUUCAGAUAGACAAGAAAAAGGAAAAACUCAAGACUUUGUCUCCAAAAGAGAGGGUGGUUCAUAAACCAAUAGAAGCUCCAAGUAAAGCAAACCAUGAGAAGCUUAGGAAUAUGAACAAUUCUUCAAAGAAACAGUAUGAUAAAGUGAAAGACGCUUCCACUAUGAGAGAAACCCAAUUCAAGGAAGUUUCAAAUAAGGGGAAUCCUCAAGCUACCCAGAUUUUGAUAAGGUUUCCAAAUGGGGAAAGAAGAGAGCAAAGCUUUGAAUGCACAGACAAAGUCCAGUCAAUAUACAGAUUCAUUGAUUCAUUAGGUUUACCAUCUGUUGGAAACUAUAGACUGAUUUCAAGCUUCCCAAAAAAAAUAUAUGGAGUGGACCAAAUGGGUCAGACCCUCAAGGAUGCUGGUCUGCACCCAAGUUCAAGCCUGUUCCUUGAACCUCUGUGACAAUACCAAAUAUAUACCACGGCUAUAUACAUAUAUAUAUAUAUAUAUCAAGAAAAGCACCACCAAAACCAUGUUUUAAGACAAACCAUGUUCUAAGACCAUGCAAAAUAGGUCAUUUCAGAUUAGUUUACAAUUUCUUUGAGCUGAAUAUUAGAUCUAAAUUUGUAAUUUUUGAUAACAUAUUCAAAGGUGACUGUUACUAGUUACAGUUGCAGAAUAUAAAAAUGUAUUGUAAUUGAAUUAUAUGCUUUAACAUAGUCUACCAGGAAAGUGCUAUUUAUAUUA